AUGUCCCACUACAAUGAAGUUCAACCAACCAAGUUGUCGGGGACAAAAAACGUAAAUAACUCCUCCUCUUCAAAGAAAACCAUUGAAAAAGCGGCAGGAGGAGGGUAUCCUGAGGCCUUGAAGAGAUUCUCAUUGGAUUGUUUCAACCGUUGUGAUAUUUUGAAGUUCGAUGCUGCAAAGAAGAAUAAAGUGAAGGAAGAACUCAAGUCUUUAAUUGAACAAGCAAUGAAGGAGGGGAAGGUAUUGACCAAUAAUUGGAGACUACAAAAGUUACCUUCGUUCGAUGCAUCGUUCCCUUUGAACUUGGUGAGCAACAUGCCAGAAUACACCGCCAAUGAGAAGGAGCAGGAGGUGGUUACUAACAAACCAAACAAAAAAAGGCCACACCAACAUUCAAAGAAUGAUUAUGACUCAGAAACCCGUAAAAGAAUGAGGAGUGAAAGAUUCCAGAAAGAACUAGCCCAUAAAGAACCGCAGCAGCGGGCGAAGAUCGAGACCCCUGCCAGUGCUGAUGAUAGACUAGUCGGUACUUGCCAAACUUUGGAAAAACGUUACUAUAGAUUGACAUCAGAAGCUGUCCCAGAAAAAGUUAGACCACCGGAAGUUUUGGAAAAAGCUUUGGAGUUCGUAUUAAAUAAGUUCAACACUAACAGCGCGGUGAAAUAUAAUUAUGUUUGUGAUCAAUUGAAAUCGAUCCGUCAAGAUUUGACGGUGCAGUUGAUUGAAGAUGAUUUUACCGUUAAAGUUUACGAAACCCACGCGAAAAUCGCCAUCGAUAACGAUGAUCUAGGAGAAUUCAACCAGUGUCAGACUAGGCUCCAAGUGCUUUAUAAUAAAGAGGGGGUUGAAGGCAAGAAUAAAUUGGAAUUUUUGAGUUAUCGAAUUUUAUAUUUUAUUCUUACGAAUAAUCAAUCAGAAAUAUUCAAAACGAAGCUAUUUGAAUUACUUGAAGAACCCCGGGGAUUUUCGGAAAAAAAAAGAAUUAUUGGUGGUUCUGAAAAGAAAAAAGGAAGGGCAAAUUUACCAAAUAUGAAGUUAGAGAAAGAAAAGGUUGCGCGAGUCAAGAUGAGAAUGAAUAAUGUUUUCAUUGAUUAUGCUUUGAGGAUUUUUGACGCUUUAGUUAUCAACAAUUAUGUCGGGUUUUAUCGUAAUUACCUGAAGAUUGUGAAGUUGAACAAAUCCAGAACUUAUAACCAAGCUUUUGACACUUUUAUCAAAUUGAUGGCGAAUAUCCUUGAAAAAUGCCGUAUCAGAACUCUAUACACAAUGUCGGGGGUUUACAGAAGUUUGAACCUUCCUGCCAUCGAAAAACAAUUGAAAUUCGAUUCUCCUGACCAACUCGAUGAGUACAUGGUGAAAAAAGGGCUCAACCAUCUCGUGAAAACUGGUAGGACCUCUAAAGGGGAGGUGAAAAUCCUUGAUUUUACUAAUAGUCAGACCAAAAAUAGAAUCCUUGCAAUUUAUAAGAAAUCUUACAAAGUUGAUAUUAAGGGACAAAUAUAA